GCGAAGAGCAGCUGCUGCCGACUAAAAAUAAACCCAACUAAUCUAGACUUUGUUGUGCAAUUGCAAUUAAACAUUACAAGUGUACGCGCAACAUUGUCCGCAUUGUUGGUUGGUGUUUGGACGUUGGCACUGCUUGCUCUCGUCGCGCAACACACACGCAUCACGUGGCAGUCAGCAAUAGCAGAAGCAGCAGCAGCAGCAACAAAAAACGACGGCCACAAUUUUGUAGCUGAAAGUCACGCGCGCGACGCUCACGUUCAAGUUUACGCUCUCGCCCUCUCACUUUAUUUUUGUUACGCUCAAUCACAAUGCUCUCACGACAGCAACUGAUCAAAGCGACAGCCACAGCGGCAACAGCGACAGCGACGGCGUCGCCAAAUGGGGAUCAACUAUAUAAGUUCCUUAGGCAAAUGAGCGGACCGACACGCAGCGUGACGUCAUUAUCAGAAGUAAUAAUAACAACAACAGAAACUACAGCAAUACCAAAGCAAUACGACCAACAAGAGCCGAGCGUAUCUAGUCAAGCAACAGCAACAGCAGCAACAUCUACGGCAACGUCAACGGCAUCGAGCAUAAAUAACUUCAAUGGAAACCUCAGUCAUAUUUCGCCUUUCUGUGGGAGCGGUUGCGGUCACGGUGAAUCGAAGUCGAAAUCGAAAUUGAAGCAGCACGAAAAGCGCGAAACGUUCACACUGAGAUUUUUAAGCAGCAAUAUCUUGCAGCAACAUUUCGUCGGACUAGGAAACAAUAUUCAGCGUAACUUUCAUACGCAGAAGGAGCAACAACAACAACGCAACGCAAAGUCUAGCAACCAGCCUGCAACUACAACAAAAUUUGCCAUGUCUUCACUGGCUGCCGAACCUCUGCAGGCGCAUAAGCAGGCCGAUGAAAUGGCCGGUGGCAGCAACAAUGCCAGUAACGCCAACAGCAACAACAACGGAUUGGGCACAUCCUGUCAGGAGGCCGGCACAACAACUACAACUGGCAAGCAGCCCUGCUUCAGUACCGGACUCGCCGAGAUUUUGCAAUUUAUGGAGCUCAUUGGAAAUCUAAAGCACACCAAACGUACUGGCUGGGUGUUGCGCGAUGUCAACGAUUGCGAAUCCAUUUCGGGUCACAUGUAUCGCAUGAGUAUGCUCACAUUUCUGCUGGACGGCAGCGAGGGUCUGAACCAAAUACGCUGCAUGGAACUGGCGCUAGUUCACGAUCUGGCCGAGAGUCUAGUGGGUGAUAUUACGCCCUUCUGUGGUGUAUCCAAGGAGGAGAAGCGGGCGAUGGAAUUCAAAGCCAUGGAGGAUAUAUGCAAAUUGAUAGAGCCACGUGGCAAGCGCAUUAUGGAGCUGUUUGAGGAGUACGAGCACGCAGAAAGUGCAGAGUCCAAGUUUGUCAAGGACCUGGAUCGUCUGGAUAUGGUUAUGCAGGCGUUCGAGUAUGAGAAACGCGACAAUUGUUUGCUUAAGCAUCAGGAAUUCUUUGAUUCCACUGAGGGAAAGUUUAAUCAUCCGUUUGUCAAGAAGCUCGUCAAUGAGAUCUAUGAGCAGCGUCAGGUAUUGGCCAAGGCCAAGGGUGCUACGCCGCCCCCAGCCAUUGAAGUGCCGAAUAUGGAGGCGCCAGCGGCGGCCCCUAAGUCGCCCACAAAACUAGUUAAUGGGCAUGGUGGUGUAUCGAGUUGAGCAUGAAGUUGUAGCUACUAUUACGUUAAAAUUGUAUAUCUAGGUUAGUGUCUAGUUCUGACAGCACAUCUUCAUGCACACACACGUACAUAUAUACACACAUACAUGCAAGACACGCUUCUAAUUUAUAAGCCUAAACUAACAAAUUGUUACAUUUUAAGCCUACCUCGACACGCUCAUAGUUAGUACGGAUAUAUGCGGAUAUAUGUAUGUAUAUACGAGCAUAUGUAUAUCUCUUUAAUUUAUUGAACCCAAAUCAAAUCAGAAAUUUUUAAAUAACACACGUCGCGUCGUGUCGUCUAAAAUUUGUUAACAACUUUUGUUUAGUUACAAUUUUAACUAUUUUAAGCAAAAAGUUCUCUGGAUGUCGUCUUAGCUAAAUAUUGUACAUAAUGAAACAAAAAACUGUACGUUAGUUAAUUAGUUUUAUCAAAUGAUAAACAAAAUAUUUUAAUGUUCAUGAAACAGUGCGUCAAUCGGAUGCAAAUAACAUUUUAUUUAGUGUGCAGCCUCGAUAUCAAGCUAUUUAUGUAAAACUAAUAAUACAGAUAUGUAAUUUUAAUUGUAAUUGAGUAAUUGUUUCGUCAAGUGCUUAGAAAUUCGACUUCAUUUGUAAUUGUUGAAUAUUUUAAUUGAAAAUUUGUAAAACGUAUUGGAAAAUGUAACGAACACACACAAAAAAAACUACAACAUUAAAAAUAUAUUAAGGCAAUAUGAUAAGGUCACAAGUAA